ACUGCGUGGCAAGGCUGUGGCUGCCAGUUUAGACAGGACAAGCAACCGAUCAACAUCGUCGGCGCGUCAAGAAACAAGUUUUUCUCAACACUGAAUUAGACAACCAAUUAACCUUAAAAAAUGAGGUCGAGAAUGACAUUAAUUCCAAAACUGUUCUCCCAUUGGUGGGAAACAUUAGAUCGGCCUCAUCGGUUGUUCGAUCAACGUUUCGGCAGAUCAAUACGACCGGAACAAUUUUUCCCAACAGUAUUUAACCGAUCACCGAGCGCAUUUUAUCCAAGUGGUUUUUAUCAACAAUGGGUAGAUAUGGUAAAAGAAAUGGAAGAAGAAACUGGAUGGUCUGUCGUGAAAGAUGACAAAGACAAAUUCCGCGUUGCGCUUGAUGUGCAACAAUUUAAACCGGAAGAAGUUAAUGUAAAAGUCAUCGACAACUAUAUCGUUGUUGAAGGGAAGCACGAAGAUAAACAAGAUGACCAUGGCAUUAUUUCGAGACACUUUGUCAGAAAAUAUUUAGUACCGGACCAAUGUGAUCCCGAAAAAGCAACCAGUACAUGGACACAAGAGGGCAUUCUAACCAUAACAGCACCAAGGAAACCAGAAGCUGUUGAAAACAAACGAGAAAAAACGAUUAAAAUCGAACAUACCAGUACACCAACAGAAGAACCUCAGAAAAUAAAACAGAGACAAUAAAAAAUCGACCAUUUUUAUAUAUUUGUAUUAAAUGUUUAGUAUUUUGUACUUCUAGUUUAGUGUUCGGUAUUUGUAUUAUGUAUACAUAUAAAUAUUUAUGUAUUGUAUAUUCGAAAAAUAAGUGAACUGUGUGAUAAAUUCUUAUAAAGUUAAAUAGUAUAUUAUGGAAAUUAUACUUUUCGUACUUCUGCAAUUAUGUUUUUAUCCAAUAUUAUACUAUUUUAUUAUUGUAAGAUUUGGUUUUAAUUAAAUUGUUUGAUAAUUUAAACAAAUUUUUAUGAAUAGUCGAUACAAGCUGCAAAUACGAAAAUUGCACACGAAAUUGGUUACGUAAUAAUUACAUAUAUUAUCUAAUAAUUACAUAACCAAUUUCGUUUCAAGUUUUCGUUAAUCGAAAUUGUGAUAUGUCAUGUCAAUACAGAAAAUAAACUUUUACAUGUGCAUUUCAAUAUUU